AUGGCCAACUCUCCCCACGGCGGUGUCCUCAAGGACCUCCACGCUCGCGAUGCACCGAUCCGCCAGCAGCUCAUCCAAGAGUCGGAGACCCUCCCCGACAUCCGCCUCACCGAGCGCCAGCUGUGCGACCUCGAACUCAUCAUGAACGGUGGAUUCUCGCCUCUCGAGGGUUUCAUGACCAAGGAGGACUACGAGAGCGUUGUUGAGACUCUCCGCCUCACCGACGGCGCACUCUUCUCCAUGCCCAUCACCCUCGACGUCUCGAAGAAGCAGAUCGACUCGCUCAAGCUUGCCCCCGGAUCCCGCGUCACCCUCCGCGACUCGCGCGACGAGUCUCCCCUCGCCAUCCUCUCCAUUUCCUCGAUCUACCAGCCCAACAAGUCGAACGAGGCGGAGAAGGUCUUUGGCGCGGACGACCAGGCUCACCCCGCCGUCCACUACCUCCACAAUUCGGUCAAGGACUUUUACGUCGGCGGCGCUGUCCAGGCCAUCAACUCGCCCGAGCACUACGACUACGUCGAGCUCCGCUACACCCCCCGCGAGCUCCGCGCCUACUUUGAGAAGCUCUCGUGGACCCGCGUCGUCGCUUUCCAGACCCGCAACCCCAUGCACCGCGCCCACCGCGAGCUCACCGUCCGUGCCGCCCGCCAGCAGCGUGCCAACGUCCUCGUCCACCCCGUGGUUGGCCUCACCAAGCCCGGCGAUGUUGACCACUUCACCCGUGUCCGCGUCUACGAGGCCAUCAUCCGUACCUACCCGAAGGGCAUGGCCGCCCUCGCCCUCCUCCCCCUCGCCAUGCGCAUGGGCGGACCUCGCGAGGCCGUGUGGCACGCCAUCAUCCGCAAGAAUUUUGGCGCGACGCACUUUAUCGUCGGGCGCGACCACGCCGGACCGGGCAAGAACUCGCAGGGCAAGGACUUUUACGGCCCUUACGACGCGCAGGAGCUCGUGACCAAGUUCAAGGACGAGUUGCAGAUCGAGAUGGUGCCGUUCCAGAUGAUGUCGUACAUCCCGGACCAGGACACGUACAUGCCCGUCGACGAGAUCCCCAAGGGCACCGUCACGGCCGACAUCUCGGGUACCGAGCUCCGCCGCCGCCUCAAGACGGGCGCGCCCAUCCCCGACUGGUUCUCGUACGAGGCGGUCGUCAAGGUCCUCCGCGAGUCGUACCCCCCCAAGGCCCGCCAAGGGUUCACCAUCCUCCUCACGGGCUACGUCAACUCGGGCGCGAACGCGAUCGCCAAGGCGCUCGAGUCGCAGUUCCAGCAGCAGGCAGGCCGCUCCGUCUCGCUCCUCCUCGGCGACACGAUCCGUUCCGAGCUCUCUGCCGAACUCGGUUUCGCACCCGAAGAGCGCCACAAGAACCUCCAGCGUCUCGCGUUCGUCGCCGCCGAGCUCUCGCGCGCCGGUGCGGCCGUCAUCGCGACCCCUAUCGCGCCGUACGACCACUCGCGCAAGGCUGCCAAGGCUCACAUUGUCCAGAACGGCGGUGCGGGAGGCGGCAACUUCUUCCUCGUCCACGUCGCGACCCCGCUCGAGCACUGCGAGAAGACGGACCGUCGUGGCGUGUAUGCCAAGGCCCGCAGCGGCGAGAUCAAGGGCUUCACCGGCAUCGACGACAAGUACGACGCGCCGACGGACGCAGACCUCGUUGUUGACCUCUCGAAGCAGUCGGUCUCGAGCGCGACUCACGCAAUCAUCCUCCUCCUCGAGUCGAACGGCCUCAUCGGCUCCGCCUAG